CCCCUGCUUUCCACAUAAAUCCGUUGCGCUAUUGCCGGGUCUUGUGACUCUUGUUGUCGUUUUCACUAUGAGCACUACUGUGAAGUUCACACUAUUAUUUCUGGCCCUCGGUUUCUGCCGGGGGCUUCAGGACGAAUACAUAGACGAAGAGGAGCCAGAGCUGGUCGCCCAGGAUUCAAAAUAUGGCUCGUUGUGGCCGCUGCCGCAGAAAGUGCAAAUCUCACAGAUUCCUUACAAGUUAAGCGGCUCCAGCUUCAGGAUCGUAGACGCCCAGAUGUCGUCGGCUGGUCCGAGCUGCAUCCUCCUGCAAAGUGCCUACAGGAGGUUUUAUGAAUAUAUAUUUGCCGGUGCUAAAAAGCAGCAGAAAAACAAGAGGACGGGCUCCUCUGACCUGAGAGAGCUGCAUGUCUGGAUCACAUCGACUGACUCCGAGUGUGACGGAUACCCAAAGGUGACUUCCGACGAGUCAUAUGAGCUGUCCGUGGAUCAACCGGUUGCCAUCCUGAAAGCGCCGACAGUCUGGGGAGCCCUGCACGGUCUGGAAACCUUCACCCAGCUGGUUUAUGAAGAUGAAUACGGAGCUAAAUGCAUCAACGCUACGUCCAUCAGCGACUUCCCCCGGUUUGCGCACAGAGGCAUCUUACUGGACAGCUCUCGGCAUUUCCUCCCCAUCAAAGUCCUCCUGGCUAAUCUGGAAACGAUGGCGAUGAACAAAUUCAACGUGUUCCACUGGCACAUCGUGGACGACCAGUCGUUCCCGUACCUGAGCCGGACGUUCCCCCAGCUGAGCCAGCAGGGGUCGUAUCAGCCGUACACUCACGUGUACACGCCUUCCGACGUGAAGAUGGUGAUCGAGUUCGCCCGUCUGAGAGGCAUUCGAGUCGUUCCAGAGUUCGACACUCCGGGACACACGCAGUCUUGGGGAAAGGGACAAAAAGGUCUGCUCACGCCCUGUUACUCUGGCUCCACGCCGACCGGCACCUUUGGUCCCGUGAACCCCAUCCUGAACACCACCUACGAGUUCAUGACUCAGUUCUUCAAGGAGAUCAGCAGCGUGUUCCCCGACGCCUACAUCCAUCUGGGAGGCGACGAGGUGGACUUCACAUGCUGGAAGUCCAACCCGGACAUUCAGGCGUUCAUGAAACAGCAAGGCUUUGGAAACGACUACAGAAAACUGGAGUCAUAUUACAUCCAAAGACUCUUGAAUAUUGUCGCUGCUACCAAUAAGGGUUACUUGAUCUGGCAAGAGGUCUUUGACAAUGGCGUUAAGCUGAAACCAGACACACUUAUCCACGUUUGGAAAGGAAACCAGGAGCAAUACCAGAAUGAGAUGGCAAACGUUACGGCGUCGGGGUACCAGGCCCUGCUGUCCACUCCCUGGUACCUGAACCGUAUUUCCUACGGCCAGGACUGGCGGGGCGCUUACAAGGUCGACCCGCAGGAUUUCAAGGGAACUGAAGCACAGAAGAAGCUUGUGAUUGGUGGAGAAGCCUGUUUGUGGGGAGAGUUCGUGGACGCAACUAACCUCACACCCAGACUCUGGCCUCGUGCCAGCGCCGUGGCCGAGCGGCUGUGGAGCGCCAAAGAGGUGACGGACGUGAACGACGCCUACAGCAGACUGUCGGCGCACCGCUGUCGAAUGGUGGCGCGCGGGAUCCCCGCUGAGCCGCUGUUCAGCAGCUUCUGCCCCCGCGAGUACGGAGGCUUCUGAGGACGACCGGCUUCAGGAACACAACAAAGAAAGGGAAUCGAAUCAAGACACAAUCGACUACAUGUCUGAAAUUUAAACCUCGCGGGGACGUCGCUGUACUUAAUGAACACUGAAACACUUUUUUUCCAAAACCGCUUCCCAGGACUCUUUUUAAAUGUCAUGAACAUGCUGAAUUUCUGAUUGCACUCUUUUUUUAUUUUACUACAAAUGUUUGUAUAAUUGUCAAUAAAACAGUUGUCAUUUAA